UUCCAACAAAUUAACCCAAUUCGCUUCCUAAUCAUCUGCUGCAGGUAUAGCUGUCAUGCCCCUGCCUGCCUAUUCCGGCCAGUACCCCAGCCCCAGUCUCCUUGCCUUCUGAUGCCUUAAAGCUGGGCCGCAGGUCCUACGAGGUCAGAGCCUCUCAGAUGUCAGAGCCUCUCAGAUGCCGAGCUCCAGAAGCUCGACUCAGGACCAAAGAGCUCUGGCCUAGGGAUCGCCCUUUGUCCAGGGUGUCUGCCCUGCAGAUAGAAGGCCAAAGCCUUGGUCUUGGCAAACCACCCCAUUUGCCCAAAGCCUGGGUGCAGAGACCAGUAUUUUCUGCUGGCUUCAACAGUCUCCCCUGCUGUCUGUGAAAGUUGACCAUUGUUACCCAGGUCAUUGGGCCUCUAUGGUGUCCCUCCAAACCCAGAUCAUCACCACACCCAGGCUGGUUUACUGGAGCCAGCCUCCUCUCUGCCCAUCUGAGGGGACCUAGGGACUCUGCCCCUGGACAGCUGAGCCACCAGCCUCCCUCCCCAAUCCUAAUGAUCCAAACCCACUCCAGGGGGGUUAUCCCCUCUCCCCAUUCUCCCACAUAGACCUUUGCUGAAUUAAAGUUUGUAAGUAAACGGUUUUAAAAAAAAAAAAAAGUAUCAGCUGGCUGGUUCUUGAGAUAAACUGUGGGCCCAGCAAGAUAGCCCAGUAUUAUGGUAAGGACACAUCACCAAACCUGACAACCUGAGUUUUAUGCCUGGGGCCCAAAUGUUUGAAGGAGAGAACUGAUUCCCACAAGUUGUCUGACCUACACAUACAUAUAUUACAGAAGAGCUCUGAGAGCACACAAUUUCCAAAGUUUAAAUUGGGCAUGGUGGCACACGAAUUCGAAGCCAGCCUGGUCUGGAUAGCAAGUUCUAGAACAGUUAAGUCUGUAUAGAGAAACCCUGUCUCACACUCCACAAUUUUUUUUAAGCUUGAGCAUGGUGACACAUAACCCUGAAUUCCAGCAAAGGCACCCGGAGUUCAAGAUCAGCCUGGACUACACACUGGGACCCUGUCUCAAAAUUAAAGGGCUCAGAGGUUGGUCCUGAUUGUUGCUCUUGCAGAGAACCGGAGUUCAGUUCCCAGAUCCCACACGGAACUUUCUGGUGUCCACAGGCACCCACUUGAUGCUCUUGAAUACAUUCGAGCAGAAAACAUACAAUAAGACUCGAGAAAAAUCCAACCACAGGGUGAGGCCGGAAGUCCAGGCUGGAUCCCGGUACAUCACCUCUGACCCUACGCGAUUACAGUGGUAACCUACGCACUGAGCAUGCUCGGUCUUCCGGUCACGUGGCCUAUCAUGGCCGCCUCCAUGGCCCGCGGCGUGAGCGCCCGGGUCCUGUUGCGGGCGGCCGGGGGAUCUUGGGGUGCUGGGGCCGGACACGCGGCCGCGACGUCCAGGAUGUUCGGGACCACAGGCGAGCGGCGCGCAGGCGAGGACGAGGCGGACGGCCCGGAGCUCCCCGGGGAUGCGGUCAACGUGGUGUUCGUGGACCGCUCUGGUCGGCGGAUCCCGGUGAGAGGCAGAGUCGGGGACAAUGUUCUUCACCUGGCCCAGCGCCACGGGGUGGACCUGGAAGGGGCCUGCGAAGCGUCCCUGGCGUGUUCCACCUGCCAUGUUUACGUGAGUGAGGCCCACCUGGAUCUCCUGCCUCCUCCUGAGGAGAGGGAGGACGACAUGUUGGACAUGGCCCCCCUGCUCCAGGAGAACUCGAGACUGGGCUGCCAGAUCGUGCUGACCCCUGAGCUGGAGGGGGCUGAGUUUGCGCUUCCCAAGAUCACCAGGAAUUUCUACGUGGAUGGCCACAUCCCCAAGCCCCACUGACAUGAGGCCGCUGGGCUGCGCAGGGCCAUGGAACCAGAAAGAAAAGCCAUCCCUCCCGGCCCCAGAGCACGGACUGGUCGGAAACGAGAAGUUGGAAGCACAGUGUGAGACAAGAGCUGCCACUGGGAACAAACCAGUGUCCGGGCCCUGAGGGGGACGGGAUGGGUCUCCAUCUUGGGUGUGUCAAUCCACCAGGGAGAAUCGAACUGUAAAUUAAGGAUGGACUUAACCCAGAGCUGCAAUAAAAACUCACACACA